AUGAGAAAGACCGUUGACGACUCGAGAACGCCCGGGAAAUGGGAAAGGCGGCAUUUGCCGCCGCGGCGGCGUGGCGGCGCGGCGGCAGUGGCGGUGCCAAUACCAAACUCCCACGAUCUCGACGCGACUGGCGCGUCGCCCCUGGGCCAUAGAUUAUCGUCCCCAAUAAAAAGUGUUAUCUCCCCAGAAUCCCUCUUCGUCUCGCUCCCUCGCUUUCUCUAUUUUCUUUAUUCCCCUCGUCGCAGCAAACAUGUGCCCAGGCGGCCAUUCUACUACCUCGGGCUGUCCAACUACCUCGGGCUCUCCGUCUACGUCGAGCUGCCCAUCUACUUCGAGCUAUCCGUCUACAUCGGGCCAUCCAUCUACCUCAGGCGGCCCAUCUACGUCGAGUAG